CCUACUCGGACGAUGCUCCGAUUCCACGCGGCCACGCACGUGGUGCCCACGCACACGCCGCGGGAUCGCCGUGUCCUCCUCUCCCCUUCCGCUUUCAUAUAUACGCGGCCACCACACUUUCCCCAUCCCUCCCAAGAUCCAUCCAUCCAUCAAUCAGCAGCAGCAGCAGCAGCAUCAUCAUCCAAGAAGAGGCGCAGCCAUGGCGAGCGAGCACGCGGCGGCGGGUGAGGGGAAGCACGAGAAGCAGAGUCUGAUGGACAAGGCGAAGGAGUUCGUCGCCGACAAGAUCGCGCACAUCCCGAAGCCGGAGGCGACGCUGGACGCGGUGACGUUCAAAGGUCUGAGCAGGGAGUGCAUCACGCUGCACAGCAGCGUGAACGUGUCCAACCCCUACGACCACCGCCUCCCCAUCUGCGAGGUGACCUACACGCUCCGGUGCGCCGGCAGGGAGGUGGCGUCGGGGACCAUGCCGGACCCCGGGUGGAUCGCCGCCAGCGGCACCACCUCGCUGGAGAUCCCCGCCAAGGUGCCCUACGACUUCAUCGUCUCCAUCGUCCGCGACGUUGGUAGGGACUGGGACCUCGACUACGAGCUCCAGGUCGGGCUCACCGUCGACCUCCCCAUCGUUGGCAACUUCACCAUCCCGCUCUCCACCUCCGGCGAGUUCAAGCUACCCACUCUCAAGGACUUGUUCUGAUCUGAUAGCUUGCUUUCUGUUCUGUCGUCGCCUGAGCUGAGAGCCUGAGACGGAUGAGUGACAGCGAUCUGUACUGUACUCUGUGUUGUGCGUGAUCUGAAUGAUCCCUACGACGAACGCACCAUAUCUUGUUGCAAAUAAACGCAGGUCCUCUGUUCCAUUCCAUUGCUUUCCAGUUUGUUUCCCAAUGAAUGAAUGCAAAAGGAAGAUGGUUUGAUUGCAAAUAAAACAGCGAGAGGUCUGAAUUUCA